AUUCAAUUCGAGCCCUAGCUGCCUGCUGCCCUAUUCGAUUCUUCAUUUGAGCGCGACGAGCGUCUCUGUUCAGAGAGCCAGCACGAGAGGAGAGAGUGACUUCAUUCGGGCCUCCUUCUUCGACCCUUCGAAGCUCUCUGGCCUUCGUGAGUUGGUCUUCCACACUGCGAACCAGCUGGAGCCCUUCGCGAGUUCGUCACUUCGUCAGGAGCUUCGCGAGUUCAUCGUGGACAUUUUCAAACCAGAAGGAGCUCCUCUCAAGCUCGUCUUUGAGCGUUUGUGAGUUCGUGAGUUCAUCUGCGUCGAAGUUCGAAUUUGUGCUCUCCUAAAGCCCCAGGCAAAACCCCUGUCAGAACUCUCCCUCUCUUUGUCGUCGACGGCCAGAGCAUGCCAAACGCUGACGUUGUCUCCGACAGCCAGGAGGCGGUCACUCUGACGAAGUGACGAAGUUCGUUGCUCUUCCCACACAGACCAGGUACGGAACGAACUUCUCCCUGUCCCUCAAAACAUUCAUAUUUCUAUGGCGAUAUGACGCGCCUUUCUUGCUAGAUUCGAACGCACUCGAGCCGUAAUUUAUCAAUAUUCAGACAGAUUGAAAAGAAGGAAGAAUGACUACUCUGCAAAAAGAAGAAGAAGAACAUCCAACAAGUCCUCCAGCUGUUGGAUGGAUAGGAUCAAUUGAAGAGCAGUAUCGAAAAAUCAAAGAGCAUGCAGAAACUUAUCCUUAUGUAUGGGCAUCCUAUAUUGUUGUGUAUGGUGGAUUUGGUCUCUGGACUACAUACAGAUGGAGAAAGCUCAGGAAGACUGAGGAUAGAGUUCGGGCCCUCCAAGAGAGACUACGAAAACUUGCUGAAGCUGAAGAUUCGGCAAGCUCUACUGCAUCUGCUGGCAAGGCACUGCCAUCUGCUGAUAAGAGCCCCCCAACUAAUGAGAGUCAUUGACCAAGCUGCAGAGGGACUGGACAGCUGCUCUUCAUUAGUUUUUUCUUUUUUACAACUGUUUUUGGUUUCUUUUCUUCUUCUGUUUUUUCUUUUUUUCCUUUAGUGGAGGAUAUGUUAUCCUCUUAUGUACCAACUCCCUUUCUUAAUAUAAUUAUUUGUUCAUCCAAAAAAUGGAAAGAAUCUUUACAAAGAUCUUAUUUUUUGCUAGCCUUCAUUUUAGAUGAAGGAAUGCUUCAGUUCAUUUUAUUGUUGGUGAUUGGUUUCUAAA